AUGACUUCUCAGACUGCACAAUACUUUUCGCAUGUACCUCACCAAGCCAGUGAAUUAAGGUUCAAAACUCCUUCACUUGUGCCAGUAGUUAUAAACGAACCCCAAAAUCAUACAUCCACUACCUGCCAUCCUGGAUAUCCGGAUCAGAAAUAUGACCCAACAAAUAAUGGCUACCCGAAUAACUCGAGCAAAUUUUGGGCCGGUCACAAGGGUGAUCCAUCCGAGCACAUAUUGCGAGGAAAGACACCAAAUGGUAUUGUAGCCGCAGGCUACGAAGGAGCAACUACCCGAUCAUCUAACAGAAGACAAUUCUUAAAGCACCAAUCAAGCUCAAUUCUCGGCGACUCUCAAGGAUUUCAAACGAAGACCUCAGUACAAAUUUUCAGGGACAGACAAGAAUAUCAAAAUGAGCUGUCUACAUUCGAUCAAAGAAGUAGUAGGGCUCAAUCUCAAAGUCUUGGCGAGAAUGGCUCUGCCCCAGAUAAACCAAGUUGUAUGUCAUUAUUAGGGAGUACUUAUCACGAAUUUCAGAACAAAAUGCAAACUGAAAAACUCAGCGACACUCAUUUUGUUAAUGAUAUUCGAGCUCCAACAUCGUCUCCAAACAACGACCAGAUAAUAUCAUAUCCCAUCUCCUUGACUGGUUCAAAAGACGUUUCGAACUGGUCUAACGAGCUAGGUGAUAAUGUAUCUAUCAGUUGUCGCUACACAACAUCUGAAUCUUUAAAUAAAUUAUUUAAAGAAUUUGGACCCAUGAAACACCUACAAAUGGGUACGAUUACCCCACAAAGAAAACUUCACAAAGCAGAGGCAAGGGCUCGUACUGACAAAUUUACCCGAUUUUCAACACAAGAGAUUAUUGCGAACCAAAACUAUAGUCAUAAUACAAGUUUUUCGAAGAAUGAAAGAAAUAUAGAAUUAUCCAUUAAUCUUCACGCGCCUGUAAACAGUUGGAGCUCAACAUCUGAUGAGUUUCAUAACAACACAACAGGCCCUCAUGCCAAAGCAGGCAAUUUUUCAUCAUUGAAGGAAAAAACACUUUCAUGGGCUCAUCUCAUCUACGUCGAGCUUGUAACAUUUCUUGGUCUAGAAAAUGAAAAGAACCGUAUAAAUCAACCUCGUAAUAAUCAAUCGUUUGCUAAAGGUAGCAAUUCGCAAAAUCUGAAUAUUGAUCAAUCUUCAGAUAUUUUACCACUUCAAGGAUAUGGUUCUUUUUCACAAAGAUUUAACCUAAGUAGAAGCCUUGAAACUCAAACUGAUAUUCAUACCGAGGCUAAUCUCAGCUCAUUCGCUCCUCACUGUCUGGAAAAAAUAUACCUUCAAAAUGAAGUUCACCCGGAGGUUUAUUAUGGAAAACUACAUCAAGUUAGUCCACAUCAAGCACUAACACCCAAUCAAGAAGUUUCCUGGCUGAAUUCUUCUCCCAUAGAUAGGGCAAGGGAGGCACAAUCUAUACUAAUUAAUAUUUGCCGCCAAACAGACUGGCAAUGGGUUGAUGGAAUGCUUCUUUGUGGCUGUCUUGCUCAUGUUUUAGGGGAGUAUCAUCAAGCUUUAGAAUGGUUUACUAGGAUCCUUGAACAGAAACCCAAUAGUUUUGAAACAAUUUCAAACCUUGCUGCUACUCUCACGUGUUUAGGUAGGAUUGAAGAAGCCGAAAGAUAUUGGCUUCAAUCAAUCAAACUUCGUCCCGACCAAUUUGAUGCAGUCGAGCAGUUUAUUGGGCUACUUUUUCAUGAAAAUCGAGGAAGAGAAGCAUUGGAGGUUAUAAAUUAUGUCGAAUCUUCACUUGGGCUCUCAGGAUCAUCAGAUUAUAAUAUAUAUACCAAUGUGAUGCCGAGAUAUAAUUAUCCUGAAAACUACGAAACUCAUCAAACGCCAGUAGAAUCAACUACUUUUACCGAUAAUACGGGGACUAAAAAAGCAUACAUCACGGCUACUAUAGAAGAGAAAAAUAAAGCCUGCUCUGGCUUUAGCUCUAGUGGGUUUUCUAUUCGUGGAUCCGAGAAUGGUCGAAUCCUCGCCCUUUUUCAUGCAAAAGGAAACUUAUUAUACUCCUUGGGAGAUUUAGGAGGAGCGGUAAAGGCUUUUGAGAAAGCAGUAUUGAUUAGCGCUGGCGACUAUUUCACUAGCAUAAAAAAGCUGAUAAACAAAGUUAUCGAGACCUUCAUCAUGGAUGAAACAAAUUCACUUCGGUCUAAUAUAGGCUCAAAAUUAUCUGCUUCUAAAACCACUCUACUUCUUUUAUCUCCACGAAAAGCUUUGCAGACUGCUCAGAUAUUAUUUUCAGAGAGUAGUGAUUUACCAGGUCUUCUUCACUUGCCUGAAGGCCCUAGCAAAAGAGCGGCAAUUUUGACCACUAGUAAUUCUUUACUUUCUCUUGCAAAAAUAUUCCAGGACUCUUUGACGACUAAUGAUCUUAGCCAAAAACUUUCAGGUAUUCCAACUGAAAUUGGAGAUAUUUUAGCUCUAUAUUACCUGUCCUUAUCUUUACAACCUAGUCCUUCGACAGCCAACAACGUUGGUAUUCUUCUAGCUGGUAUACAGCAAGCUCCUUCGCAACAAUCUAUCACAUUACGAGAAGAGAGUAUGGAAUAUCUUAGUAUUCCAGGUGUAUCCUGUGGAAGUAGCAUCGCCCUAGCUGUUGCUUACUACAACUAUGGUCUAGAUCUUGAUCCUGGCUAUGCCCAUAUUUACACAAAUCUGGGAAGUCUACUCAAAGAUGUUGGUCAGUUAACUGCUGCCAUCACUAUGUACGAAAAAGCAGUUGCAUGUGACAGCUCUUUUGAUAUUGCUCUUGCUAAUCUCGCCAAUGCUGUUAAAGAUCAAGGUCGAACGAGCGAAGCAAUUAAAUACUAUAGAAGAGCUAUUGCAUCUAGUCCAAAUUUUGCCGAGGCUGUUUGUGGACUUACUAAUGCCCUCAACUCUGUGUGCGACUGGGUUGGUAGAGGUGGCGUGAGUUUCGAGAUUGGAAAACAAGAUAGAUGGCACGUUGAUGAGACAGGCAUGAUAAUAGACGGAAAAACAAACCCUGGUGGCAGUGGAUUGAUGAAACGCGUAACAGAUAUUGUUCUAAAGCAACUUAAAGACGGUUCUUAUUGGGGCUGUGGGUCUCUUCGGGAUCAGAGUUUUUUUCAUUUUCUUCGCAACUUAGAAGCUGCAGACUCUAUUGAAACCUGGGCAGCUGAGAAGAAGAUGAGUAUGCAAGUAGCGUUGAAUUCCUGGUCGGGCAGGCUAUGGGAAGGUGCUCGUAUUAUUCGGCUGGUCGAGCGCGCCAUUAAAAGAGCAAUGCAUCGAUGGUAUAUUGAUAAAUAUAUUAAAAAAAAACUUCUGCCCCCAUCUUACUAUCCAAGACCUCAGAUUCCUAGUUCUUUGGUUGUACCAACAGCCCCAACUGUACUUCCAUUUCAUACUUUUACUUAUCCUUUAUCGCCAAAACAAAUAAGAAUGAUAUCGCAGCGAAAUGCAUUACGUAUCUCUUGUUCAACUUUAAAAAAUUCAUGGAUGCAGGGUCCUAUUUUUCCACCCCCCCAACCUCCUGCCUCACAUCUUAACAUUGGUUAUGUAUCUUCAGAUUUCAAUAAUCAUCCACUGGCUCAUCUGAUGCAAUCAGUUUUUGGUAUGCAUAACACAUCAAGGGUAAAGGCGUUUUGUUAUGCAACCACUUCUAGUGAUAACUCAAUACAUCGACAGCAGAUUGAGCGUGAGGCACCUGUAUUUUAUGAUGCUAACUCUUGGUCAGCCGAUCAGAUAGUAGAGCAGAUUAUCCAAGAUGAUAUUCAUAUAUUAGUUAAUCUCAAUGGAUACACGAGAGGUGCAAGGAAUGAAAUUUUCGCUGCGCGACCUGCUCCGAUACAAAUGUCAUUCAUGGGAUUUGCGGGGACCCUAGGGGCUGAAUGGUGUGAUUAUCUUUUGGCUGACGAAAUCGCCAUUCCACCUGAUACUCUCAGACCCUGGAGAAGAAAUUUAGAUUUCGAAGAUCAGAUACUUGAUGAACAAUAUCGUGAGGAUGAGAACUGGGUUUACUCUGAAAACAUUAUUUUUUGUCGGGACACUUUUUUUUGCUGUGACCAUGCUCAGUCACAGAAGCAGGACAGACUAGUAUCAUGGGAUGAGUUGCAGUCUAAAAGAUGGAGAAUGCGAAAAGAAUUGUUCCCAAAUCUCUCAGAUGAUACUGUGAUUCUGGGCAACUUUAAUCAACUUUACAAGAUUGAGCCCACCACGUUUCGAACCUGGCUGAGAAUCCUUGACAAAGUCCCUAAAGCCAUUUUAUGGCUCCUUCGUUUCCCGGAACUAGGCGAGCGCAACCUCAAGAAAACUGCUCUAGAUUGGGCUGGAGAGGGUGUAGCUCGUAGAAUAUGGUUUACUAAUGUAGCCACUAAGGACCAGCACAUUUCAAGAGCUUGUGUAUGUGACCUUUUCUUAGAUACGCCGGAGUGUAAUGCCCAUACCACAGCUGCAGAUGUUUUAUGGUCAAGUACACCUAUUUUAACAUUUUCACGCUACAAGUAUAAGAUGUGCUCUAGAAUUGCAGCGUCAAUAUUAAAGAGUGCUCUCCCAAGAUCUGAAGAAGGUAAAAGGGCGUUGCAUGAACUUAUAGCGACUGAUGAUGUUCAGUAUGAAAAUUAUGCAAUUCAUCUCGCUACCGAGCUAAGAUACAAAGCUGGAUUACGAGGCUAUUCGGAAGGAGUCGGUCGACUUAUCGAGCUACGUAAACUUCUGUACGAUAACCGAUGGACUUGUGCUCUCUUUGACACUAAAAGAUGGGUAUCUGAUUUAGAAUGUGCAUACGAAGAAGCAUGGCGUAGAUGGGUCGCCGACGAGGGGGGUGAUAUUUACCUUUGA